AUGUUUCAACCUACACCGAAGCGGUGUUUUACCAUAGAAUCGUUGGUAGCGAAGGAUAAUCCUCUACCAGUGUCGAGGUCUGAGGAGCCCAUACGACCAGCGGCUCUGAGCUAUGCAAACUCCAGCCAGAUGAAUCCAUUUCUGAACGGGUUUCAUUCCAGCGGCAGGGGCGUCUACUCUAAUCCGGACUUGGUGUUUGCUGAGGCGGUCUCACAUCAUAACAACUCCGGUGUCCCAGUUCAUUCGGUGCCCCCUCCACACGCGUUGGCUCACCCACUUUCAUCCUCGCAUAGUCCGCACCCUCUUUUUGCCAGCCAGCAAAGGGACCCCUCAACUUUUUACCCAUGGCUAAUACAUAGAUAUAGGUACUUGGGUCACAGAUUCCAAGGUAGGUUGAGAUCGCAUUUGUCUCUUUGACGUAUUUAUUACGGAUUGAUACUGUUUAGCCCUUUUGGAUUUUCAAUAGCAUUUCUCGCUAACUGUAGCCUAUAUAAAAUGUAUUAAUGAGGAUAAAGACACGAACGCUAUAGUGAUGUAAAUAUCAGUGAGCUAUCGAAUAUAUAUAUAUAUAUAUAUAUAUAAUAUUUAAAUGUAGUGUCUUGAACAAUUUUUUAAACAGUUUUUGUCUGUUUAUAGGCUAAUUAGAACGGUUCAACUGGAAUAGACUACUUUCAGUAAUGUAGGGCAUAGUAUUUCUUAAUGUGGCUACACGGGUUCACAAUUAUUUUGCCUGUAGCCUAUCAUUUACAUGUUGUUAAAGGAAUUGCAAAGAGUGGAUUUUUAAAAAUUCAUUUAGCAUCUAAAACAUUUUAUUGAAACAAAAAUAAGCAUAACACCGUACAAAUCGAUAUUGUAGAUCUAUAUCAUUAAUUGGCUUGUUAUUUUGAACAAAAUGGUAGAAAAAUAAUGUUUUAAUUAGUUAUUACUUCCUUUUCUUUUAAAUAUUUGUGUGUUUAAAUUGAGUGUAAAUCAACUAAACUACAUUGAUAGAAGCCUGUGUAAUUUAUUGCAAUCGUCUGUGCCAUGGAAGAUGCCAUGGGUCAUAUUUGUGGGCUAUGUUUUUAAGGCCGAAACUGCUGUUUACGAAAUUGUACACUAUGCACUUUUUAAAUCGCACUAUUAAUUUAUAGGCCCCCGAAUUGGACUGUCAUUUGAAAACAUUAUAUUUUAUGCUGGUGCAUGCACAUUAUAUUUAUCUGAGACAUGCAAAUUGUAUAGUAGGUCCAACUGAACGAUCUAUUUUCAUUUGGAACGAAUAAUGGUUAUUUUAAUAAGUGUCUUGCUAAUAAUUAAUAAUAAUUAAGACAAAUGUAGGCUUAAUGUAGCCUGUUUUAUUCUCCACCAUAUACUUACAUUAUAGCCUACCAGUGACUGUAAUGUAGAAAAUACAAGUUUGAAAAGGGGUAGCCUAUAGGCUAUUGUAGACCAUUGUGUUGCUAUUUUCCAUGUGUGUUUAUACGAUAACGAAAGACUGGAUAGAAUCGCCACUUAAUUAGCUACUGCAUAACCCUAUCGUUGCCAUUUGAAGACUAUAAACUGUAUCAAUUUGCUAUUGUUUAAAUGAUUGCUGUCGGGAAAAAAAAUGUAUAGGUGUUGCUGUGACUAAAUUGGUCUCAAUGUUCAAUUGAGUGUUGCCGUAGACUUUAGCUAAAAGUAAGAAGACUCAAGUCUACGGUAUAGCCAAAAUAUGAUCAUAGCAUCAUCAUCUCUUUAGCCUCAGUCUGCAAGAUAAGUGUUCAUAAUGAAUAUCCCUCCCAUUGUCGUUUUCAGGUAACGAAACAAGCCCGGAGAGCUUCCUUUUGCACAAUGCACUGGCCAGAAAGCCCAAAAGAAUUCGGACAGCUUUUUCACCUUCGCAACUUCUGCGGCUUGAGCACGCAUUUGAAAAAAACCAUUACGUCGUAGGUGCCGAACGAAAACAGCUUGCGCACACCCUUAGCCUCACAGAAACUCAGGUAAGAAAAUAUUUCCCUGAAUUUAAUAUUCACAAGUUUAUCGUUAAAUCCGCAUUAGGCCUACUUUGAAUAGGGAAUGGAUUUAAAAUACUAUCAUGUCAAGUUGCAUCAGACCUGUCAUGACCCACAGGUUUUGGGAGUAGGUUUCAAGGGGUGUUUUAUAGCCUAUAUGCCUGUAAGGCUAUAGUACUAUAACAACUGUUUUGGUGUAGGCUACGGAAUCUGGAAUAUGCUACAUUUUCUCUGAAUAAUUAGGCUACUUAUUGGAAAUUCAAAGUUCUCAUUGCAUAGGCUAUAAGUGACAUUAGGGGAAUUAUUAAAAAUAUAUUGAAAACACGAUCAUAUGUUGUCUAUUGGGGGAAACUGCACAAAUGCCACACUUAGAAGAAAGGUUCCAUAUCGCCUAGAACCAAAAAGGGUUAUAUCGCUUGCUUUAUAUAUGGAACCCCUAAAACUUCUAUAGGCCUAUAGAACCCUUUUGUAUGGUUAUUUUUCACUGAACCAAAUGGUUCUAGAACCCCAAAUAAACACAAUUCUAAGAGUGUAUGGUUAAAUAUAGACCUAGACCCAAUCCAUAUAGCAAGUAAAAUAUAUGAAUUUCACAUGUAGGCCUAAAUGCAUAUUUACUGUGUUUUGGUCAUAUCGAAUGUCUGAGAAAGUAGGCCUAAUUUAAGAAUUGAAAUGAAGGGGGGAAACGAUAAAAAUUAAUAAACGUUUGUUUUAAUUUCUCCAAAUCACUAUUGGAUUAACGAGUAACCCGCAGUUUUAGAGAGACACAAAAAUAUAUGUAUAGGCUACACCAUUGGCAUUGAAGCUUUAGUUGGAGCAAAUCCAUGAUCAUAGGCUACAACCUCGUUUUAGGCGGGGUUGAGAAAAAAAGGUUCCCAUUCAAAAUGGAGGGCAAUUAACCAGUUAACCAUUUUAUAGGAUCUAUGGCACGCUAAAAAGAAUGAGCCGGACUCAAUGAAUUUCCCUGGCCAUAUUUAAGAUCGUAUUUGUGCCUAUCAGCUUGCAGAACGGUCGGUGUCUUUUGUCCCAGUGUCACCACCGGCUCUUCUCUAAACGGAGGCUAUUAGAGGGGAAUGAGGAAGAAAUGAACCAUCGCCCACUUCAAUUAGCUGACUGAAAGCACAUUAAAUGCACCUCACUUGCCAAGCUGUCGGACGAAUGGCUUGUAGAUAUGAAUAUAGCCCACUGUAGCCUAUUGACAUGCAUUUAGAAAAGGCUUAAAAUUAACAGGUUUAUAAAUAAGCAAUGUGGAUUUUAACAAUUGUUUAAAAUUAUUAUAAAUUAAAUUAAACAUAUUUAAGCAAUUGCAUAUCCAUGGCCAUGUUUGCAUCAUGGUUUUUUUCGACCAAUACGCUUAGGGACGUCAAUUUCUGGUAUAUUGGCUUAUGUUUAUACUAGGCUAUAACUAAUAUAGACCUAGAGCAUGCAUGCCGUUUUUUACCUUUAUCCCAUUUUCUCUUGAAAAUAACCGUACUUCUAGCCUAUAAUGUAAAACCUUUAGUGCCAUAGCAUUGGUCAAAUUGCCGUGUGAAAAUCUAUGAGAGCCUAUGGAAAAAUGUAAGGCCUUUACAUUUACAUUACAUUUUAAUCAUUUAGCAGACGCUCUUAUCCAGAGCGAUUUACAGGAGCAAUUAGGGUUAAGGGCCUUGCUCAAGGGCACAUCGACAGAUUUUUCACCUAGUCGGCUCGGGGAUUAGAACCAGCGACCUUUCGGUUACUGGCACUACGCUCUUAACCACUAAGCUACCUGCCGCUCCUAUUAUAGCCUAUGCUUGUAUCUUUUGCUGUUCUGCCAUUUGAAUUCACACUUUGCGCACAUGGAUGGUUUUUCUUUAGUAUUUGUGAAUUUAUUCUAGCCUUUAUUUGUUUCCCUUAGGUAAAAGUGUGGUUUCAGAACCGAAGAACCAAGUUCAAACGGCAAAAGUUGGAGGAGGAGGGUUCAGAUUCGCAACAGAAGAAGAAGGGGACCCAUCACAUAAACCGAUGGAGACUUGCAACAAAACAAGGAUCGGGAAGUCCCGAGGAAAUUGAUGUCACUUCAGACGAUUAA